AUGGAUUCCGACAACUAUGACGAUGACCUGGCCGACGAGGACCUCUUUGAGGCACUCAGCCAGAGCCAUGCCGCAAUCUGCAAGGCCACCUCGAACCGCACUUCCACCAAUGAGCUUGAUGAUUCACCUUCGGAUGCCUUCUCUUCCUCGCCAGAGCCAGGGCCGGCUUCCAGACGCACAGUGGGUGCACCGAGGACAGUGAAUGGUCUUACUCGCACAUCAUCGUCAACUUAUCGCCAGACCACCCUGCUUGGCGGCACAGUGGAAAAUGACGGACCUGCCCCGACUCAGCCGGGCUUUGGCAGGGUCUAUCGAGGGGACAAGCCAGAAGAACCACCAGCUCAUCACGCUCUCGAUCGUGAAGCCAUGAAGACGUGGCUUUAUCCCACCAACCUCGGAGCUCCGAGAGACUACCAGUUCAGCAUCGUUAAGAACGGACUCUUUAACAACACACUUGUCGCCUUGCCCACUGGCCUUGGCAAGACCUUCAUUGCCGCAACUGUCAUGCUCAACUAUUAUCGAUGGACGAAGGACGCCAAGAUUGUGUUUGUCGCCCCUACCAAACCUCUGGUAGCACAACAGGUCGAUGCCUGCUUCAAUAUCGUGGGUAUCUCGCGGUCAGCAACGACUCUCCUUACAGGUGACACGUCGCCGGCCCUGCGAGAGGAUGAGUGGAAGACCAAGCGAGUGUUUUUCAUGACGCCUCAGACUCUCGUCAACGAUCUCUCCCACGGUUAUGCGGAUCCAAAAUCGAUCGUUCUCAUGGUAAUCGACGAGGCCCAUCGCGCCACGGGCGAAUAUGCCUACGCAAAAGCUGUUAAGCUCAUGCGUCGCUUCAAUCCCUAUUUUCGGGUUUUGGCCUUGACCGCCACACCUGGCGCCAAAGUCGAGACUGUCCAGGAGGUCAUCGACAAUCUCGGCAUCUCCCACAUCGAGAUUCGGACGGAGGAUUCCAUUGAUAUCCGGCAAUACGUACACCAAAGGAACGUCGAGCAAGUUCUCCUCGAUCCUUCUGAUGAGAUGUGCGAGAUCAAAGACCUAUUCUCAAAGACUUUGAAGCCACUGGUGGACAAACUCUCGCAGCAGAAUAUCUACUACGGACGAGAUCCCAUGGCUAUUACAACUUUUGGUCUGAUUCAGCAGUCGAGGGAAUGGUAUGCCAAUGCCGGGCGGAGGGCCAACCCGGGACUGCAAAACAUGAUGCGGGCUGUCUUCACCAUUCUCCAGAGCAUCGCUCAUGCGAUCAAACUCCUGAACUUCCACGGCAUCAGGCCUUUUUACGAAAACCUAAAGGAGUUCCGAAGCGAAGUUGAAGAUCAAGGAUCAAAAGGAUCCAAAUACAAAAAGCAAAUCAUCAACGACGAAAACUUUCAACAGAUGAUGUCGCAGAUCGAGAAAUGGCUGCGGAUUGAUGGCUUCGCGAGUCAUCCAAAGCUGACAGAACUCCAAGACAGAAUCCUGAACCACUUCAUGGACAGCGGCGAGAAUUCAGCGACCCGCGUCAUUGUGUUCAGCGAAUACAGAGACAGUGCCGAGGAUAUUGUCCGGGUGCUGAAUCGUCACAAACCACUCAUCAACGCUACAGUCUUCGUUGGCCAGGCAGACUCGAAGCGGUCGGCCGGCAUGCAGCAAGCUGAGCAGAUCGAAACGAUCCAGAAGUUCAAGGACGGCCGAUAUAAUGUCCUGGUGGCGACAUCCAUCGGCGAGGAGGGUCUCGACAUUGGCCAGGUCGACCUCAUCGUCUGCUACGACGCGUCUUCCUCCCCCAUUCGCAUGCUUCAACGAAUGGGUAGAACAGGCAGAAAGCGAGCGGGCAACAUCAUUCUUUUGUUGAUGAAAGGCAAGGAAGAGGAAGCGUUUGCCCGAUCAAAGGACAACUACGCAGAAAUGCAAAAGUUGAUCUGCGAGGGGAGCAAGUUCAAUUUCCGCCACGAUCUCUCGGCGCGAAUCGUACCUCGGGAUAUUCGGCCGGAGGUACUCAUGCAACAGAUUGAGAUUCCCAUCGAGAACACACAGAACCCAUCAUUACCCGAGCCGAAGAGGGGGAGGGCCGCGGCCAAAAAGAAAUCGGCCAAGAAAUUCCACCUCCCCGACGGAGUCGAGCUGGGGUUCACGAAGGCGUCAGACAUCGGCAAGCUCCUGACGGGGGCCAAGAGAGGCCGGCCGCCCAAGGCGCCAGAGCCUACAGAAGCGGACUCCACCGCCGAAGUCCCGCCGCUCAACUCAGUCAUGCUCACCGACAGGGAAUUGGCUGAUCUCGACAGGAUAUACCGGUCCCUGCCGGCCACCACGGCCAAGAUCGAGGAGACCGAAAUGCCGAACUUGACAUCUUACCCGCUGCUCCAACGGCGGCUGCGGCCGGUGGCCAAAGUCCAGCACAGCCAGCGGACCAAGAAGUUCGUCAAGCUCUGCAAGAAGCUAUCCCAGCAACAGGCCACCGCGGACAGGUACAUCAAACCCUACGGAGAAGAAGAUACGAGCAGAUACAAAGAGCUCCCCUUGCCGCCCUUCGCAAGCGAUACGGAGGAUGACAGGGCGCCAGCCGCAAGGAAUAGGUUGCCGCCGACAUUGACACUCUCAGAUGACGAUGAGCCGGAAGACGAACCCCGCCCGAAGAAACGCAAGUCCACCGGCGCCCCAAAGACCAAGACCAAGGCAUUCACCACCGCGGCGGCCCUGAUCGACGACGAAAUGGACAACACCAUGGACGAGGAAGAAACCCCCCCUCGACGCGCCCCCAAAAAGGCACCGGCCAGGGGACGCGGCAAGAAGGGGAAGAAGAAGUCAACCCGCGGCGGCAUCAACAGCGACGAACUCGGCGACGACUGCCUCAGGGACAGCGACGCCAUGGACACGGACGGCUCGGACAGCGGCGGCGACCUCCUCGACUUCGUCGUCUCGGACGACCACCCCAUCUCCAGCAUACGGCCGGGGUCCUCCGCCCUGCCGUCCAGCCAGACGGCGUCCCCGGAACCGGCCGCGCGCGCGCGGGCGUCCAAGCCGUUCUACGUGCCGACCGAGUUCCCCGAUACGCAGGACUCGGUCGAUUCGCUGCUGGAUGACGACGAUAUCCUCAGCAGCACGAGGAAACCGGCGGGCGGGGCGCAGGUUGUCGAGUCGGAGCAGGAGGAUACUCCCAGGCAGGCCGGCGGGCGGCAGCAGAGGAGGCGACCGGUGUUUGAAAGCGACAGCGACGAGUAA